CUUGCUACGAACAUACUUAAGGUAAUAACUAAUAUUCACGCAAAACAGGGGCUGCAAACGGUAGGGGGCUUUGGGGUGCGCCGGCCGCGGGCAGGCCGCGGGCCGGACGGCGGAGACUCAAAGUUCCAAAUCGACGUCGUCGUCCUCCGCAUCGUCGUCGUCCGCAUCGACUAUAACCCCGCGCCGGUCCCCGGGCCCGUGGUUUCUCGCAGGAGCGCCCUCGAAGCUCUCUAUUCGUCCCGCGUCGACCUCGACGCGGCCGCCGCUGUGCAAUGAUUUCCAGCUUUUCGAGCGCU